AUGGACGAGUUCUUCCUGCCCAGCGAGCCGGGGGAGCUGUGGAGCCCCGACUCGGAGCUGGCAGGCCUCCGAUGCGAGGCCUUCACCGACCUGGCGGGCAGCGCCCCGGAGGAGAUUGGGGAGAUAGCCGAGAACCUGGCCUUUGUGCUGUGCGACCAGGACCCGCUGUGCAUCGUGGAGCAGCAGAACUUUGACCAGCUGUGCAGCCUGGUGGCAUGCUUUGGGCAGGUGGACGGGCCCAAGCGGCGCCAGCUCAUCGACUCCCUCUGCUCCUCCCUCACCUGCCUCAACGCCUGGAUCGACAAGCUGCUGGCAGCCCCCGCCGACAGCCACGACCCCGACUCCGUGCGCCAGCACCGCUCAGCCUUCAAGGCCUACAUCUUUUUCCUGGGCUGGAUCAGCGGGCUGGCGGCGCAGGAGAGCCGCAAGGCGGCCGCCGAGGGCAGCGGGUCCAGCGCUACACAGGCUGUCGGCGGUGCGGGACGCGGGCGCAAGAAGAAGGCGGCCGCGUCAGAGGUGGCGGGGUGGGACUGGGGCACCCAGUUCCCGCGGGUGGUCAAGGCGGUGGCGCAGGCGCUCAACACCGACCUCUGGGCCCUGUUCCGCCCCAGCGGCCCCGAGGAGCCCCUGCUUAUGAAGGCCCUGCAGCUGGCCAGCAGCGCACUGGAGGACCCCGGCUGCCUCAAGUGCGAGGAGCAGGCGGCCAACGCCGCCCACAUCCUGGCCGUCAUGGCGCUCAAGUACCAGCAGCUGGACAAUGUGACGGCUGCGCUGGUGGAUGCGCUGACCAAGUAUGAGCACACGCCGGUGCUGGUGGCGGGCACGCUGCGCUACGCCAUUCAGCACUGGGACGAUGGCGGCCUGGCGGCUGCCGUGCUGGGAGAGAUUGCGGCGGUGGACCCGGCUGAGUACGAGCGCCAGCAGAAUACGUCGGGGGAGAAGGCGGGCGUGCGCAGCGUGGCGGCGUUUGUCAAGGAGAUGGCCGCCCAGCUGCCCAGGCUGAUGUCACACCAGAUUGCGCUGCUGCUGCCCCACCUGGGCGGCAAGGCCUACUCGCUGCGCAGCGCCAUCGUGCACGCCAUCGCCUCUCUGCUGCACAAGGCCUUUGACGGCAGCGGAGCCACCGACACGGCGGAUGCGCAGGGCGCGCUGGCCCGCCUGCGCUCCAAGCAGCACCUGCUGGACCUGCUGUGCGAGCGGGUGCGCGACCACAGCAGCUACACGCGGGUGGCGGUGCUGCAGGCGUGGGAGUACCUGGCGGAGCACCGCGCCAUACCGCUGGGCCACUGGCAGAUGGUGACCGGCAUCGCUACGGGCCGGCUGGAGGACAAGUCGUCGCUGGUGCGCAAGGAGGCGCUGCGCCUGCUGCAGGCGCUCAUGCUGCACAACCCCUUUGGCCCCAAGCUGCCCCUGGAUCGCUUCGACAAGACCCUGGCUGACCACCGGGCCAUGCUGGACCAGCUGGUACCACCAGAGGAGGCGGCCCCGGCGCUCGGCCAGGAGGGUGACACCCUGCAGCAGCCCAUCCGUGUGGAGGGCGGUGCCGAGGGCGGCGCGGCAGCCGAGGAGCCAGGCGCCGCCGUAAAGGCGGAGCCGGGCGCCGAGGAGACGGCAGAGGAAAUGGAGGUCGACGGCGAGGCGGCGGCUGCCGUUGCGGCGGAGCAGGACGAGGCGGCGGCCGGUGGCGAGGCGGCGGAGGAGGAGCCCGCGCAGCCCACCUGCUCACCCGCGGAGGUCGGGUUUGAUGGCACGCUGGAGGAGCUGCAGGCGCUGGUGGCCUCCCUGGCCAUGGCCGUGACCUUCUCCAAGGCCAUCUCCGCCUGCAUGCCCACCAUCACCCAGCUCCUGGCCUCCUCCACCAUCAGCGACGUGCAGGAGAGCAUCGCCAUGCUGCUGACCUGCAAGCAGUUCGAGGUGGACGGCGCGGCGGACACCAUCCGCAAGAUGCUGCCCCUCAUCUUCUCAAAGGACCAGGCCAUCAAGGACCGCAUUGUGGAGGCGCUGGACCAGCUGUACAUCAACGGCUGGACCGGCAACGUCUUCUCCUCAGCCCAGGCCGCACGCAACCUCAUCGACCUGGCCACCGGCGCCACGCUGGGCGAGCUGGGUUCCCUGGAGGAGGUCAUCAAGGAGUUCAUCCACAAGCAGUUCCUGCGCCCCGUCAUGCUGCACGAGCUGUGGGACGUUGCCAGCAGGGCGCACCAGGCCAUGGAGCAGCGGGCGGCGGGCGCCGAGAGGGCGCACCGCGACCUGCGCGCCGCUCUGGCCAUCCUGUCCAUGGCAGCCGCCACCCGCCCCGAGGCCUUCACCCAGCAGCAGGUGGAGGACCUGCUGCGCUUUGGCUUCUCCCCUGCCGCGGCAGACGCGCUCAUCACGCGCCACGCAUGCAUCACGCUGCAGCGCCUGGCCUCCAACUGCAAGGCGGGCACCUACGACGGCGUCAUGCCUCAGAUCUUUGCCGCCCUGACCGGCGUGGUGGUGGCCUCCCCGCUGCCAGAGGCCUCCUGGUACUCUGCCGCCGAGAGCGCCCUCACCGCCAUCUACGCCUUGCACCCCGCCCCGGAGCACGUGUCUGGCGCCAUCCUGAAGCACCUGGCCCGCCAGGCCUUUGCCGGCGCCGACGGCGAGGCGGGUGAGGAGAGCGAGGCCGGCGGCGGCGCGGCGCCCUCUGAUGCUAUGGACGCGGAGGGGCUUGCAGCGGAGGAGGCGGGCGACGGGGAGGAGGGAGAGGAGGGCACGGAGGCGGAGGCUGGCGGCGAGGCGCAGCCAGCGGCCUCGCACCAGGCGGCCGCUCCCCAGCAGCCGCGCAGCAUGCACUACGUGGCGCACCUCAGCCGCUUCCUGUUUGUGCUGGGCCACGUGGCACUGCAGCAUCUGGUGUUUGUGGAGCGUGCGGCCAAGGCGGUGCGGCGCAUGCGCAUGGAGCGCGAGAAGCGGGCGGCGGAGGAGCGGGCGGAGCGCAUGGCGGCGGGGCGCACCCCCGGGGGCCAGGAGGAGGACAUCAACGCGGAGCUGGGUGUGGGCAGCGUGGCGGCCGACGCCGAGCUGGAUGCCAUGAAGGAGCAGGCCGAGGUCCAGAUCCUGGCGGCCCGCAGCCUGCUGGGCCCCUAUGCUCGCCUGGUCUCCUCCAUGUGCUACAACAUCACCUGGCUGCUGGGCGCCGACGAGCGGCUGCGUGGCGCCGCCCUGCUGGCCCUCACCAAGCUCAUGGUGGUGGACAGCUCCUUCUGCGAGCACAAGCCCGCGGGGCGGGAGGGGCACUCCAACCUGGACCUCCUGUUCACCCUGGUGCAGCGCGAGUCCCUGGAGGCCAGCCUGCGCUCCAACCUGAUCAUCGCGCUGGGAGACCUGGCGCUGCGCUUCCCCAACGUGCUGGAGCCGUACACGGAGUUCAUGUACCGCCCGCUGUGCGACCGCAACGUGGCUGUGCGCAAGAACACGCUCAUGGUGCUGACACACCUGAUCCUCAACGACAUGAUGAAGGUCAAGGGGCACAUCGCCAAGAUGGCGCUGUGCCUGGAGGACGGCGACGAGCGCAUCGCGGCGCUGGCCCAGCUCUUCUUCCACGAGCUGGCCAAGAAGGAGUACAAGGGCACCAGCCCCAUCUACAACCUCCUGCCCGACAUCCUGUCCAACCUGUCCAAGGAGCCCGCCCUGACCAAGCCCCAGUUCCAGGCCAUCAUGCAGCACCUGCUGGGCUACAUCAAGAAGGACAGGCAGGGCGAUUCGCUGAUAGACAAGCUGUGCCAGCGCUUUGCGGCCACAGAUGACGCCGCUCAGUGGCACUCCAUCGCCUUUUGCCUCACGCAGCUGCCGUUGAGCGACAAGGGCUUGAAGAAGCUGAGCGAUUCGUUCCGCCACUACAAGCACGCGCUGGGGGAUGAGGAGGUGGCUGCUGCCAUCACCAGCAUCAUCCAGAAGGCCAAGAAGGGCAGCAACAAGCAGGAGCUCAAGGCUGAGAUUGAGGGCUUUGAGCAGAAGAUUGCCGAGUAUGCUCAAGAGCGGGCAGACGAGGUGCGGACCGCUGAGGAGGCGCGGCAGCACGCCGAGGAGCGCGCCGCGGCGGCAGAAUCUGGGCAGGCCAGCGGCGGCGGCGCGGCCCCCACCGACACCACCGACGUGUCUGACAUGCGGCGCCAGCUGGGCGGCAUGCAGCUGGAGGUGGAGAGCGGCGAGCGGCUGGAUACGGCGGCAGCGGCGGCGGCGGUGGUGGAGGGCGCCGCCGAUGUGGACGCGGCUGGUGCGUCCGAUGUGCGCAGCCAGCUGGGCGGCAUGGAGUUGCAGGAGGAGGCGAGUGAGGAGGCGAGGGCGAUGAGCGAGGAUGGGAAUUCUGGCACGGCCACCAAGGUGAAGCCCGAGCCAGAGGAGGCGGCGGCAGAGGCGGAGCGCGAGGCGGAGCCGGAGCAGCGGCCGCGGCAGGCUGGCGGCCGCCGCACCGCCGCCGCUGCCAAGCCCGCGCCGGCUCGCCGCACCGGCAGGCGGCGGGCGGCAGUGGUGGAGGAGGAGGAGCCAGAGCAGGAGGCUGCGGCACCCGGGCCUGAGGAGCAGGCAGAGGAGCAGGAGCAGGAGGCGGCAGCCGCCAACCGGCAGGCCGGUGGCAGCCGGGCCUCUGGCCGCGCGCGCGGCAACAAGGUGGCAGCGCUGGCGGCCAUGUUUGGGGGCGAGGCGGCGGCUGCAGAGGAGGCCGUGCCGGCAGCCAAGGGCAGCAGGCGCAGCACCCGCAGGUCUGCCCAGGCAGAUGGCGACAGCCGCAUCCGGGCUGUGCGGGUGAAGGAAGAGCCGACGGCAUGA